AUGAAAUCAAGCGCAAAACCAAAAUCUCAUCUCCCUCAACCCUUAAAAUCUUUACCUAACGAUGUCAAGGGAAAGAGAAAGCUAGUCGAGGAGUCUAACGUACCAACCAAUAAGUCGAUGUAUAAUUCUAAGAGAGUGGAGAGAGAAUUCAUCAAAAAUCAAAUCAAAUCUAAACGAAAACAAUCCGAUUUAAAAGAGACAAAACCACAACAUAAUAAGAUUAAAGUUUUCACCAUUAAAAGGAAAGAUGAAACUACUUUAAUUAAGAGAACUUAUUUGGUUAUUCAUGAUGAGCAGUUUGACAACGAAUGGUACAUCGACAGUGGUUGCUCACGUCAUAUGACUGGGAGAAAGGAAGAGCUAAGAGAGUUUCAUGCACUGAAAAAUGGUGGAAAUGUAAUAUAUGGUAACAACUCGUUUGGAACGAUCAAAGGAUAUGGGAUGAUUACGAAUGGAGAUUUCUCAAUACGAAAGGUGGAUUAUGUGGAAGGACUACAACACAGCCUAAUGAGUGUUUCUCAAUUGGUAGCUUGA